UUGUUUCUGCUCGUAGAUGUUGAACAACUUAUAUGUCACAAAUCUGGAAUAAGUUGUAGGGCUGCGAGUGGAGACAAAAUGCCAAUAUCACCACGAUUGGGAGUGCCUAAGACAGCAAGUCGGGCAGACCUUCAGCAGUUGGUCCAGGAUGACGAGCAGAACCCAAACACUCCCAUGAUUCAAGUGACACACCCGAACAUCCCACAAAAUAAAGAAGGACUUUCAAACCCAGUCUUUACAUUCGAAGAUGCGGAGUUGGCAAAGAAGCAGGAGACCCCUUCUAAGGAUGAGGAAAAUGUGUUGACGCAUCGACGUGGAAGUUACAACAGUUUAACUGUUCCAGAAAAUGGACCAGGUAUAAAGAGACUGAGUAUAUCAUCAAAUGGCCAAGCAGCAGAUAAUGACACAGGAGGUCUCAAGCCUACCAUCAGCAUUGACCAACUCUCAACCCCUCGUACUCCUGUACGUAGUCCAAGUGUGCGCUCUAAUUGGUCAGAAUUGGCGAAACUAUCAAAUAGAAGGCCAUCACUUGGAUCUGUGGCUUGCAGUGAAUCUGGUUCUGCUGCUGGAGGCUCAUAUAUAUCAGGAGUUAGUAGCUCUAUGAGUGAUAGAUUAAGAGAUUUAUUUCGCAAGUUCACUAGUCGAACUGAGAAAAUACGAGAGAGGACUGUUCAACCACCAACGCCAUCUUUAUCAAGCUUGGAUGAUGAUAAGUCAGUUCUCUCUGGGUUUGACAAUGAAAAUGAAGCUCCGCCCCAGAGGCAGCAUCGACUCAACUCGUUCAUUCCACUUGCGUCACCUGCCAACACUGAUGCAUCUGACCCUAUCAAGGAAGAAAAGCAUUGUGGGAUAGGACGCUGUAGAAUCAAGAUUCCAAAGUUUCUCUGGAGGUGCCGUUUCCCAACUACAAUUGAUCCCCAAAGUCAGUUGUACUUAUUCUGGUUGUUCAUCGUGACCUUAGCAUUUAUGUACAAUUCUUGGGUGAUUCUGCUACGUGCGGCUUUCCCCUACCAAACUCCCGCUACACUUCCGUACUGGCUGACUUUUGACUACCUGUGUGACUUGAUAUACCUACUGGACAUAGUACUGUUCAAGCCAAGGAUAAAGUUUAUCAAUCAGGGGAUGCUGGAGCACAACCCCAAAGAGACAAGGAAACAUUAUAUAAAGAAGAAAGAUUUUAAGUUGGAUGUAGCCUCCUUGCUCCCUCUUGAUUUCUUCUACUUUCUCACUGGCCUAUCAAAUGGCAGAGCUACGUUGCUACGGCUACCACGCAUGUUAAAGCUAAAGUCAUUCUGGGAGUUUUAUGAGCGUAUAGAUCAGUCUGCUAAGUCUGUCCAUUUGAUCAGAAUAGCAAAGACUCUGACCUAUAUGAUCUACCUGAUCCAUGUUGAAACAUGUGGCUACUACGCUGUCUCAGAGUAUGAGGGAAUAAACUCAACCCAGUGGACUUAUAAUGGUGAAGGAACCUCGUACAUUCGAUGUCUUUACUUGGCAACAAAGACAGCGACAUCUAUUGGGAACAACCCGCUACCAUCUAACAACCUAGAGUAUAUGUUUAUGUGUCUCUACUGGUUGUCAGGUGUCUUCGUGUUUGCCUUGUUGAUUGGUCAGAUUCGGGAUAUUUUCCAAGCUGCCACAGCCGUAAAGACAAACUACCGCAAGACUAUGGAUGACACGAUGCGCUACAUGCAGUCAUUGAAUGUUCCUCCAGAGCUGCAGGAGAAGGUGCGCAUGUGGUUCAAUUACAACUGGGAACAACAGAAGACUUUAAAUGAGAAUUCCCUAUUGCAAGCUCUACCUAAGAAGAUCAGGGCUGAUCUCGCCAUCAAUGUUCACUUCUCGACACUCUGCAAGGUGCACCUGUUCCAGGACUGUGACAAGAACUUGCUGUAUGACCUCGUACUUAAACUGAAGCCUCAGUUAUAUCUGCCUGAUGAUUACAUAUGCAGAAAGGGUGAGGUAGGAACAGAGAUGUACAUUGUGAUGCAGGGACAGGUUGAAGUGGUUGGUGGGCCAGAUGGUCAGACAGUUCUGGCAACAUUACAUGAAGGAAGCGUCUUUGGGGAAAUAAGUCUGCUAGCAUUGGCUGGUGGUAAUAGACGUACUGCAGAUGUGAGAUCUAAAGGCUUCUCAAAUCUCUUCAUUCUCUCCAAGAGUGCAUUUGAAGAAGCCAUGAGAGACUAUCCAGAAGCUCAAAAGCUUCUCAAGAAAAGAGCAAAGAAACUGUUAGCACAGAAUGCAGCCAAGAAUAAGAGUGCAGAAGCCGCAAAGGAAAAAACAGAAGUUGUUAUUAAAGGAAGGGCAUCCACACCGAAACUUUUCUCAGCGGUUAUUAAGGCUGUACGUCCUGACUCUCGAGUACACUCCAUGAUGAAAGGACGUAAAUUGUUAACCAAUCAGAAAUCAUUGGAUUCUACGCUGUCCAAUGGUGACCUGGUCCCAAAUGAGAAGGAUGAAAUACGUAAAGCCAUGGAGAACACGGACAAGGAGACUGGGGAGAUUGUGGAAGAGGGAGAUCAACAAAAAGAAUUUGGUGAUUCAGAGCUUGAUGAACUGGCAGAUGAUAUCCUAAAAUCCACCAUUGCUAAUAAGAAUGACCUUGAUGGGGAUGAUGAUAAUAAUGCAUUCAUGGCAGAAGAAGAUGAUGAGGAUGUUCUCAUUGAUGACGAUGAUGAUGAUGGCAUGGAUGAUGAUGUACCAAAUAUUGACAAUCUGGGUGAAAUUGCACUGCCAGACACUGAUGACACAGAUGAUAGCGAUGAAGAUGCUCCACCAUUUGAAGACACAAUCAUUGAUGAUGCUGAGACUCUCUUAGAUAAAGUACUUGAGGACCAAACACUGUUGGAAGCAACAUUAGAUGAUGAGUUAGAUGAUGAGAUUGUCAGGAAAGAUGAUGGGGCAAAACGAGAUAGCAAAGAUUCUGGUGUACCUAGCAGCAAGAGUAGAAAAUCAUUAAAAGAUGGCAGCAAAGAGUCAAUCAACGAGACUGUCCAGGAAGCUAUGAUUGAGUUUGCAGAUGUUAUUGAGCCCCCUAGGGCAUCAUCAAGUCAUGAGAAGCCACGCUCUGGCUCAGGCAAUAGGGUGUCACCUAGCACAAGCAGUGACACGAGGCAGGACCAUAUACCAUUGGAGAAUCAGGUGACAAUUGAUGUAAUGAUACACAGAGAGCGCACCCCCACCCCCCUACCCCCAAGCCACAGAGGUCUUGACAACCCAGCCUAUGAGGGAGAUAAGAAAAAGAAAAGCAGAGAUGAAGAUGAAACAAUCGUGUGAAUCUGUAUUACAGUUUAACCUGUAUUCAUUUGAGACUGCUGAGAUUGGAUUGGAGUGUUCACAUAUAGAGGUCCUCAUAUAAUGAGGGUCUUAUGACAUAGGAGACUAUGAGACAUCACAAAAUGGGACAGAAAGUGUUCACACUUUAAGUUGUUCGCCUAUACAGAGUUUUUAC